UUCGGGCGGUCGAACUUUGAAGGAAGGCAGGCUCCUAGAAUGGGUACUGCCUCCUCUGCGUAGGUGCGUCUCACUCGGCACAUCACUUAAACGUACUCAACGCUUUCAGUUAGCUGGCAAUGGAAGAUGCUGAUGGUUUCGGACUGCAAUCCUUCAGUGAAUUGCCUGACCGGAUCUCCACUCCUGGGCCGUCCAGGCCCCGACCUCAAGGUGUGUUGCUCAACUCCAAGUCGGACGAAGACCUCGAGGGCUUCGCAUGUGGUGCUCGGAGCAAGCCCUCUCUACAACGACCGUUACCGCUGACGCUGUCUGGCCGUAUUCCACUCGAUGUCUCCUUCUGCACCAUCGACCAAUUGGAUCGUUCUGUGUUGCGAGCUGCGACGCCAGCCUGCUGGACGUGGCAUCACCGCGCCUUGUACACCCAGCGCAACCCACGCGAAAGCUACAAUUUGUUGGUGGCCCGAGUCAAUACGUCGCCCCGCGUCAAGGAACGCCUCACCGCCACACGCAUGCUAGUCGUUGGCAGCUACAUGAAGCGACGCAGCGCUCCCUUCCUGGAUGCCCUGCCUGCCGUCUUCGUAUGUGCGACUUACUACAGGUAUUUCGUGUUUAGCAGAUCCCUCGCGCUGGCGUCACGGGCAGUGACUAGAGAUCGCUCCUCUUCGACACGAGGCCCGAGAUGGUCCGGGGAUGCAGCCAUCUCAGGGUUGUGGUAUAUACAACUCGCUCCCUGGUGCUCCGACACAACGCGCUACGGUGGUUGCCUGGCUCUGUACAUGCUAAUGGAACGAGCGGAGAGGGAGGUGUAACAGCAGAAACGAAGGGCCAUAAUGUCUACAUAGAACUGAGCUCCGAAUGCAUGGACUUUGUCUUUGCUCA